CCCUGGCCGGUCCCCUCCCCACAGGGCUCGUCGCACCUACCCCAGCAACUCAAAUUCACGACCUCGGACUCCUGCGACCGCAUCAAAGACGAGUUUCAGCUGCUGCAGGCUCAGUACCACAGCCUGAAGCUCGAAUGUGACAAGCUGGCCAGCGAGAAGUCGGAGAUGCAGCGUCAUUAUGUGAUGUACUACGAGAUGUCCUAUGGCUUGAACAUUGAGAUGCACAAGCAGGCUGAGAUUGUCAAGAGGCUGAAUGGGAUCUGUGCCCAGGUCCUCCCCUACCUUUCCCAAGAGCACCAGCAGCAAGUCUUGGGAGCCAUCGAGAGAGCUAAGCAGGUCACGGCUCCAGAGCUGAACUCCAUCAUCCGACAGCAGCUCCAAGCCCACCAGCUGUCUCAGCUGCAGGCUCUGGCCCUGCCCCUGACCCCACUGCCCGUGGGGCUGCAGCCACCUUCCCUGCCGGCGGUCAGCGCGGGCACUGGCCUCCUCUCGCUGUCUGCGCUGGGCUCCCAGGCCCAUCUCUCCAAGGAAGACAAGAAUGGGCACGACGGUGACACUCACCAGGAGGAUGAUGGGGAGAAGUCGGAUUAGCUGGUGGCCGGGAUGGGGAGGGUGGGGGAAAAAGAGGAGACACAAGAUACAGAGAGAGGAAUGUUCACUGCAAGACAGUAUAGCUCGGGAUUGGCUAAACUCCGGUAGUAUUUAUAGUAGCUGCUGGGGCCUUUAGCCCUGCUUGUGUGCCACCCCCCCCUCAGCUUUGCUCUGGCUCCCAGCCUCCCUCCUCCACACCCCCUGCAGCCUGAAUGGGUCAAUACCUGCUUGUACCACAGAUAAGGCAAGCUGAGGCCUGGAGAUGCAAAUGGGAGGUCAGGUCAGGAGGCAAAACCUCAAGAAGUCUAACACCCCCUGCACUUCCCCAUUUUGCACAUGUGUAACUGACAGUAUGCCUGCUGGGCCCCCGUAGGGCACAUCCCAGCCUCCCACCCUGGCACUGCAUGCAAACACAAUGCUAGCUGCCCCUUCCUGCCCUGGGCACCCCUGUCUCUCCCACCCACUCACCUCUGCUAGUUUCAGAUGCUCAUGCCCACCUGGUCCUCUCUCCUCCUCUCCUCGCCCACCAAGGAUGGAAGUUAAGCCAGGGUGAGCAGGGUGGGGGUGGGCAACCCAAGAUUCCCCUUCUCCCUUUCCCGAAUAAAGAUGAGGGUACUCAAGUUGUCUUGGUUUUUUUUUUUUUUUCUUUUUCCAGUAUACUAGCUUGUCUUUUAAGAAAGGGGAUAUUAAAAAAAAAAAAAAGACAAAAUGUUUAAAAAAAAAAGCAACACCCACACCUGUGUCUGUAUAUAGCCUUUUAGACUGUCAGCUUUUGUUGUGUUCAGUCGUUUGAACUCUGCAGAGAAGUGAAAAUGCUGUAUCGAGGGUGGGCUUAGCUGUGCCUUUCAAAUAAAGAUGUGAGAAGGUUG